AUGGCUUCCGCCUGGGACUGCCCGCGCUGCACCUUCGCCAACCCCCCCGCUUCCCCUGCGGCGUCGUGGCGCGAGGCGGAGUGCGCCGUGUGCGGCUACCGGCGCGCACACGUGGAUCUCGACGACGAUGACGUGGACGAGAGAGUCCCGGAGGAGCGCCACGUGGCGGCGGAGGAGCGCGAUGCGGCCGCCACGACCUUGCCUUGCCCUGUCUCUGCCCCACCCUGUCCUUUCCCCACCUCCCCCCCUCACCUCCCUCUGCCUGACUGCGCGCAGCUUCCCCCCGCGCACAGGGGCAGCAACGACGGGGAGGCUGCUUUGGGGGCGGAAAGGGGGAGCGAGGGAGGGAGCGGGGCGGAGGGGGAGGGGAGCGGAGGGUUGAAGGUGGAGGAGAUGCGCGAUGGGGGGGCGGGGGAGAGGGGGAGCGGGGAGAAGGAGACGGGGGAGGAUGGGGGGGUGGGAAGAGGGGAAGAACGUGGGGAGGUGGGGAGGGGGGCGGAGGGCAAGUCUGGGAACGAGUGGCUGCGACUGCUGCACGAGGCGAGGGUGAAGCGACAGGGCCGGGACGAGACGAGUGCAGGGGCGAGGGGUGGCAGUGAGAGCAGGACACAUACACACAAGGUGAAAGAGGAGAAGGAGGAGAAGAAGAAGCAGGAUGAGCAGGAGCCGGAGAGAGCCAAGGAGAAGGAACCAGGUGUGUGUGCUAUGAGCCCCACUUUCCUUCCCCUCCUCUGCACGUGCACUGCUCCCACUGCUACCUGCUGCAAAGCCCACUCGCUCAUCCCAAUGGGCAAAGGGCAGCAAGGGCGUGGUAGCAGAGGCGUCACGAGCACGAGUGGGAGUGCGAGCACGAGGGUGAGCAUCAUGACGUGGAACGUGUGGUUCAACGAGGAGGCAGCACUGCAGCACCGCAUGGCCGCCAUAGGCACUGCCAUCCACCACGACCGCCCCCAUGUCGUCUGCCUGCAGGAGGUGACGCCUAGCAUCGUGGAGCUCUUCUCCUCACAGCCGUGGUUCACGGAGUACCGCCCCUGCUCGCCCCUGCACGACCGCCACAUGCCGCCCUACUUCUGCCUCAUCCUAUCGCGCCUGGCAGUGCAGUUGCAGCACGUGCACCCCUUCGCCAACUCCAUCAUGGGCCGCCAACUCCUCAUCACCUCCUUCCACCUCCCCCCUUUCGCCUCCCCCGCCUCCUCUGCGCCCCCGUGUGUGCUGACGGUGGCGACGAGUCACCUGGAGUCGCCAUGCCCUGCGCCCCCCAUGUGGGACCAGCACUUCUCCCCCCAGCGCGUGCAGCAAGCUGCAGAGGCGCUCCGCCUGCUCCACUCCCACCAGUGGCGGGAGCGGGGUGCGGGGAAAAAGCGCGCGCGGGAAGAGAGUGGUGCGGGGAAUGGGAGGCGGAGUGGAGAGGGGGAGGGCGGUGGGGAGAUGGAAGACGUGGUGUUCUGUGGGGAUAUGAACUGGAAUGAUAAGCGCGAUGGGGAUGUGCCCAUGCCACAGGGGUGGGUGGAUGCAUGGGUGCAACUGCACCCCCGUGAGGCGGGAUUCACAUACGACAGUCGGGUGAACCCCAUGCUGGCAGGGGGCCGCCUGCGCCUGCGCCUGGACCGCUGCUGGCUGCGCCUGCACCACCUGCACCUGCACUCCCUCUCCCUCCUCGGCACGCACCCCAUCCCCGGGGGCUCGUACUCGAAGCAGCGGCGCGUAAAGGGCCAGCCCACCAUGGUGGACCUGCCUCUGCUGCCCAGUGACCACUUCGGCCUCCUGCUCGUGCUCGAACGGGGUGAAGGGGGGGCUGUGGGGGAUGGGCGUGGGAGGGCGGUGGCAAGUGGUGGUGAUGGUGGUGGUGGUGGUGUUGGUGGUGAUGGAGGGAGCAAGGGUGGUGAAGAGCAGGGGGGGAGAGGAGAUGGAGAGCGAAAAGUUAGGAGUUCAAAGAAAGGAGGGACAAGGGCGAAAGACACUUGA